GUGGGGGGGGAAAUAGUGCCCCAUCAUUGGUGUCAGUGGGGGGAUAAAAAGUGCCCCAUCAUUGGUGUGGGUGGGAGGAAUAGUGCCCCAUCGUUGGUGUCAGUGGGAGGGGGAAUAGUGCCCCAUCGUUGGUGUCAGUGGGGGGGAGGAAAUAGUGCCCCAUCUUGGUGUCAGUGGGGGGGGAGGAAUAGUGCCCCAUCGUUGGUGUCAGUGGGGGGGAGGAAUAGUGCCCCAUCGUUGGUGUCAGUGGGGGGGAGGAAUAGUGCCCCAUCGUUGGUGUCCAGUGGGGGGGGAGGAAUAGUGCCCCAUCAU